AUGGCCAGUUUGGAGACACCUGGCAAGAUGUACACCCUCGCGGCAGUAUUGUCAGUCCGGGCCAUUGUAGCUGCUAUCUUGCGCUUUUAUGCCAGACGCCUCUUGAAGAGUGUCAGGAUAGAGAUGGAUGAUUAUAUGAUAGUAUUGGCGUUGAUUUUCACGCUCGGUACAGGACUUUGCAUGUUCGUUGGAGCCGCAUUUGGAGAUCUAGGAAGGCAUACAAGGAUAGACGCACAUGGCAUGCCUAUAUUCACCCGACGCACUCAGAUCUUCCAGCAGAUUGCCUAUGCGUCGCAAUUGACGCAAACGUUGACCUUCGGCUUCACAAAAUUAGCUGUGCUUUUCUUCUACAGGCGGUAA